UUCCUUGCGUUUAUACUUUAUUUACGGAUACAUGUGGAAACUAUCAAGUUAAGAACAAUGGCUAGUAAUUAGAGGAAUUCCCGCUAGAGUUUAUUCAAAUUUCUGGCUUUCAUAAUUGUAUGUGCCGCCGGUUUGAAGAGUCAAAACAAACUUGUGUAAAUUCGUUCAGCAGAAAUUACAUUUUGAGGGAAGCCAACAACACAGCAGCGAUAUGAGUCGAAGAAAAAGGGCGAAGGUGGAAUAUAGAGAAAUGGAAGAGAAGUAUAAUCAGUUGGAAGAUGAAAAUGCAUCUGACACAUCGGAGAAAUCUAAAACUGGUCUUGUGACACCAGAGAAAAAACCUGUGCCCGAAGUUAAGAAAGAAUCUGAGAUUCCCAUACCACAAGCUGCCCCUACAUCAUCGGCAGCAAAGUUAGAAGUUAAAGAGGAAGAUGAGCAAGACAGUGAUCACGAAGAUCCACAUGUGAAAGAAUUAUUAAAUGGAUUAGAAGGAGCAGCAUUUCAGAGUCGUCUUCCUUUCGAUAAAUUAACUUCUACAGAGGCUGCUUGUUUCCCAGAUGUUUCAGGUGGACCACCACAAACACAGAAAGUAUUUCUGCAUAUUAGGAAUAGGCUUUUACAGUUAUGGUUGGAAAAUGCAAAACAGCAAUUAAUCGUUGAAAAUGCAUUACCUGCAAUAGAACCGCCAUAUAACAGUGAUACAGUGUUGGCACGAAGAAUUCAUGCAUUUUUGGAAAGACAUGGUUUCAUAAAUUUCGGUGUAUUCAAACGAUUAAAACCAUUACCUACGAAGAAGGUAGGUAAAGUAAUAGUGAUAGGAGCCGGUAUCGCCGGUUUAGCCGCAGCUCAGCAGAUGCAGCAAUUCGGUUUAGAAGUAAUAGUACUGGAGGCUAGGGAUCGAGUUGGUGGUCGCAUCGCAACGUUCCGUAAAUCUUCAUACAUAGCAGAUCUAGGUGCCAUGGUGGUCACAGGAUUAGGUGGGAAUCCUGUAACGACCCUCAGCAAACAAAUUAACAUGGAGCUUCAUAAAAUUCGCCAAAAGUGUCCUUUAUACGAAAGCGACGGACAAACGGUUCCGAAAGACAAAGAUGAAAUGGUAGAGAGAGAAUUUAAUAGACUACUGGAGGCGACGUCAUACCUUUCGCACCAAUUAGAUUUUAAUUAUGUGGGUAGCACCGGUGCCACAGGUCAGAGCGGUAACACGCGGCCAGUCUCGUUAGGUCAAGCAUUAGAGUGGGUGAUACGUUUACAAGAACAGGGUGUUAAACAACGUCAAGUGGCCCACUUGCGUUCAGUGUUGUCGCUCCAGGGGCGGCUCAUCACCAAUCAACACAGAAUGAUAGCAAUCAUGGACCGUUUAGUGGAGCUAAAUAAACAGUACAAAGAGAUGACCGAAAGCAAACUUCAGACGCGCGAUAUCACGCAGGAGUUUGUGUUACGUUCGAAGUUGCGCGACCUUCACAACGCAUGCAAGGAGUGGGAUCAGCUGGCCGAGCAGCAGAAGGAGAUCGAGGCCAAGCUGCAGGAAUUGGAAGCUUCCCCUCCCAGCGACGUAUACCUAUCCUCCAAGGAUCGUCAGAUUCUUGACUGGCACUUCGCUAAUCUGGAAUUCGCUAAUGCGACAUCGCUUUCGAACCUUAGCCUGAAGCACUGGGACCAGGACGACGACUUCGAGUUCACCGGCAGUCAUCUAACAGUUCGCAACGGCUACUCCUGCGUACCUGUUGCUCUCUCGGAAGGCCUCGACAUUCGAUUGAACACAGCUGCCAGGGCGGUCCGGUACGGGGUAAAUGGCGUGGAAGUGUGGGCCGCACCCUCUCGCAGCCCCCACACAAAUCACACGGUGUACAAGGCGGACGCGGUGUUGGUCACGCUGCCCCUCGGCGUGCUGAAGGCUUCCGCCCCGCCGUCCGCGGUCGCCUUCAACCCGCCGCUUCCGGACUGGAAGUCUCAGGCUAUUCAGAGGCUCGGCUUCGGCAAUUUAAAUAAGGUGGUGCUCUGCUUCGAGCGGAUCUUCUGGGACCCGACCGCCAAUUUGUUCGGCCACGUGGGCAGCACGACCGCGUCGCGGGGCGAGCUUUUCCUCUUCUGGAACUUGUACAAGGCGCCGGUGUUGUUGGCCCUGGUAGCCGGCGAAGCAGCCUGCGUGAUGGAGAACGUCAGCGACGAUGUGAUCGUCGGACGUUGUAUCGCCGUUCUGAAAGGUAUUUUCGGCAACCAAGUGGUGCCACAGCCUCGCGAGAGCGUGGUGACGAGAUGGAGGGCGGACCCGUGGGCAAGAGGAUCGUACAGUUUCGUCGCGGUCGGCAGCUCCGGCAGCGAUUACGAUCUCUUGGCAGCUCCGGUCGCACCGCCGCCCACCCCUGGCGCCCCACCCCCGCAGCCGAGAGUCUUUUUCGCAGGGGAGCACACGAUUCGAAAUUACCCAGCCACGGUUCACGGAGCCUUUCUGAGCGGCCUGCGCGAGGGUGGACGCAUCGCGGAUCAACUUUGCGGCAGUCCUUAUGCACCUCCGACGAUGCCUGCAGCUGGCCCGCCGCCGCCGGGCAUUCCAUCGGCGACCACCGCCGCCAGCUCGACGCCUUAAUCGCCUCGUCGUGAACAUCAUUUUGGAUGAGACCGUGUCAUCUUCGUUCGAACGAUAGACGCGAGAGACAACGCCCGAAAAUCCAAACCCUCCAUGAAGACGUUCGUAUCCGACGAACCGGGACGCUGUUUACCGCGUUACCAAUUUUAACUAACGACGUUCAUUUUAACCGACUCAUUACGAAUGAUCGGGCGCGAUCUUUAGAUAGGGAAACGUGACGGUGUGAUCGGCACCCGAUCCGUUCGGCGCGGGUUUCAUCCCUUCUGCGGUCCUUGGUCGACUCUGAACAAAUUUUGGAAACGGUGGCUGUGACAUGUAGAUUUUAUACAUUUACGACGAACAUGCUAAAAAGAACAGUAAGGAUAUUUGAGAGCCUCGAAUAUAUAUUAAGUCAUAAAUUAGUUCCCACAAAUUUCAGGUCCUUCUAAUGUAUUGACAAGCAAAUAUUUCCUAUCGAAGUAUUUAACCAGCAAGAAAUAACCUAGUCUCAUUUGAAACUAUAAACGGUGACCUCGCGUUUCUAUCGUUUUGUUUUUAAAUUUUAACAGUUGCAAUUUCCUGUCGGUCAAAUACUAAUGAACUUCGACAGAAAACAUUUUUUCUCAGUCCAUCGGAAGCUGCUGAAAAAUCGUGGAGACCAAUUUGUGGCUCGCCCUGUAUAUGUAUACCAUGUAAUGUACAUAUACUACACAAUAUCGUAUAUUUGGAUAAAGAUUCACGACGAGAUUAAAAUCUAACGACGAGCAUUCGAAUCGAUGUUAAAUUUUACUCGUGUCCUCAUGCCAUAGAAUAUAGUCGAACAAAACCAGUCGGGCUUUUAACGACGUUGAAAACAAAUUUGCUAACUCAAUCUUCGGCUACAGUUUCUUCAUGUUCUCGAGAAACUGGUAGCUGAAACUGUUCUUGAGAGAACGAUUCGGAGAUUUUAAGAUUUUACAAGAACCGUCUAGCGACAGAUGAGAACAUCGCUUCUAGUUGAAAAUGUCGAUCAAUUUUGGAUGACCAUGUCCCCAAACUCUAGACGUUAAACCUGGAAAGAACCUAAACGGAACGAUCAUCGAUUCACAAGCCUCAGUUUCGAAGAGAGUAGUCGAGAACCGCAGCAGGCCCGUACAAAUAAGUUUCAUUAGCGUAGAUUCGUGCCUUGCUUCAUUCCACAUAGCCUACGUUCGCAGCCCUUUAGUUUGUACAUUACCCUGGAACGGUAUCACUCGUCCCAGCUUGCGUUCCGUUUCCGGGAUCCCCUUUUUUACUCGCUUCACGCUAUACGCAUGCUUCACGAACGUCCCCGCCCGGACAUCCCGGCCUAGGUACUAUGCUUCCGUCGCUUGUCACGCGAUCUCCGAAUCAUCACCGGCGUCGAGGACGUCCGGUCCAUUCCGGCGGACCAGACGGUCCCGUGUCCCGGCGCCGUGAAAAGCCGUCAUUAGCCAGAAUGUUUGCGAAUCGGACGAACGCCACGUACAAAGAACCGGGCUGCAUGGUUUCGUGCGUCGCGACGCCUGGCGACGAUAAUGGGACAAAGGGAAGAAGAACCGCCAGAAGACACUUUCGCUGAACGAUAAUUGCGCUUUCGAUCGCGGUCAUUCGAGGUGAGGCCGAUCGAUUCAGAGUGUAUAACACGAUCUCCGCGCCACUGACGCUGCGUUCUCUCCGAGCACUCGGUCGCGAUGAAGUCCGCGUCGAACGCACGGCCGUCGUCGGAUACCGUUGACCUUAGGUCCAGGAUCUAAUCCAGGUUCUCCGGAGCUUGAUCUCCUAAUUUCUCAGUAAGUCGUAUGAAAGAUUCGAAAAAGCGAGGAAGACGAAUGCGAAGAAUGCGACGUUCGAAAGAACGAACGGCUCCGAGAAGCCUGCGGUAACCCGAGGUUAGACAGAUCCUCGACGGAUCCAAAGUGACUCUCCGCCACUCGUUGGCCGACGUAGCGUCUCUAGAUGUAAGAGCCUCGCGGGCGGUCGAGAUUGUGAGACCGAGCGCACGUGACAAUGUAUAAUAAAAGACAAAGAGAAGUUUCUAUGGAAA